AUGUACCUCUGGAUAACCUUUGCUUGGUUAUCUUUUAUUGCAACUUUAAGCUUUGGACAAGAAGUACCAAAAAUAAAUCCCUUUCUUCCAAGUAUCAAACCAGUGAUCGGAGGUAAAACCUCAUUCUAUUGCCAGAGUCUAUCAGGAUCAUCUCCUCUUCAUGUAACAUGGUUCAAAGAUGAUAAAGAGAUUCAUGAUUCUUCAUUUAUCCGAAUUAAAUCAAAUGAAGAUCCUUCAGUGUUAAUUAUCGAGACAAUCCAAUCAAGUCAUUCAGGAAAUUAUACUUGUAGGAUGUCCAAUAAACUUGGCUAUGACUCUUAUACAACUGAGCUCUUAGUCCAAGGAUCACCUAACUGGAUUGAAAAACCUAAGGAUAUUACUGCUCAUUCUGGUGAUACACUAACAGUUAAUUGUUCAGCUUCUGGUUAUCCAAAACCUAAAAUUGAAUGGAAAAGACUCCAAGGUUCAUCAUGGUAA